ACUAAAGCUAUAAAUUGCGAAAACAGGAGUCAAACCAGCAGGAUACCUGACGAACGUCCGAACGGCAGGGGGUGGCGCUACACAAGAGAAAAACAGACAGGAUGGAGGUGGAGACACAAGGUGAAGCUUGUUCAGAAAUGUCCCAAGAACUUUCACAGGAUGCCCGAGAAUUGAUGGGCGGAGAUCCAGAAAAUGUGGAAGGUGGAAAGAAUUACCAUCAGCGGCUGACGAAAGCAUUUCUGAAGGAGCACUGUGAGAAGUUCAAGCUCAGCCCCACACCUCAACACAAUGACAACUUGUAUCUGCACUUCAAAGGAUUUUCAGCCAUUGAGAACCUGGAGGACUUCAGCGGCCUCAAGUGCCUCUGGCUGCACGGGAACCGGCUGCGGUGCAUCCAAAACCUAAGCGCGCAGACAGAGCUGCGAUGUCUCUUUCUCCAGGAGAACUCCAUCUGCAAACUUGAGAAUCUGGAACACUUGGUUUGUCUGAGCACUUUGAAUGUCUCCAACAAUAAUAUCAGCAGAGUGGAAGGUCUCGCCUGCCUCCGGCAGCUAAGCACGCUCAACCUCGCCCACAACAAGCUGGAGACGGUGGACGACAUACGACACCUGAAGGACUGUCUGUCUAUCAAUGUACUGGAUCUGUCUUAUAAUCGGCUGAAUGACCCCGAGAUAAUCUCUGUGCUGGAGUCGAUGCCUGACCUGCGAGUCCUGUACCUAACGGGAAAUGAGGUGGUAAAAAAAAUCCCCAACUACAGGAAGACCAUGAUCGUGCACCUCAAGCAGCUGACCUUCCUGGAUGAACACCCAGUCUUCCAGAGAGAGCGAGGAUGCGCUGAGGCAUGGGCAGCGGGGGGCCUGGAGGAGGAGCAGCGGAAGCAAAAGCACUGGGUCACUCACGAGCAGAAGAAGCUUCGUGAAUGUCUGGAUGCCAUGGUGACCAUCAGAAAGAAAGGCUUGGAAAGAAGUUUCAGAGAACUACUCAGCCACGAGAGCAGGAGCGGGGAGCCUAAUGUCCAAAAGACUGUUAGUGAGACUGUUGUCCACCACUAUGUUGACCAACAAGAAGAGGAGCAGCAGUCAGUUGACCAACACCAAGAGGAGCAACAUUCGGUUGACCAAAUAGCAGGGGAGAUAAAGAAAACACAACAAAAACUGGGGGACAAAAAUUCAAAAGAUCAGCAAGCAGAGAGAGGAGACCAACAACUGCAGCAACAGAAGGACCAUUUUCACCCAGUCAAGCAAACACCAGAGAGAGGCGACCAUCACGCACAGGGCCCAGUUGACAAGGAAGAACAACACCUCGCAGACUGGCAACAUUCAGAGCCGCCACAGUCAGCUUGCAAACAAGUAGAGGCAAAACAAUCUGUUGACAAACUACCAGCUGAGCAACAGUCAGGUGACCAACCAGUAGAGGAGCAAUACUCAGUUGUAGACUGGCAACAAUCAAUUCCUCAAGAGUCAGGUAACCAACAAAAAGAGGAGCAAUGGACAGUUGACCAACAAAAAGAGGAGCAACAGACAGUUGACCAACACAAAGAGGAGCAGCAGACAGUUGAAAAACACUUAGAGGAGCAACAGACAGUUGAUCAACAAAAAGAUGAGCAACAGACAGUUGACCAACACAAAGAGGAGCAGCAGACAGUUGAAAAACACUUAGAGGAGCAACAGACAGUAUACCAGCAAGUAGACGAGCAACAGCCAGUUGAUCAACAAAAAGAGGAGAAACAGACAGUUGCCCAACACGAAGAGGAGCAACAAACAGUAUACCAGCAAGUAGACAAGCAGCAGACAGUUGACCAACACGAAGAGGAGCAACAGACAGUAUACCAGAAUGUAGAUGAGCAACAUCCAGUACACCAGCAAGUGGAGGAGCAACAGUCAGUUGAUCAACAAAAAGAGGAGAAACAGACAAUUUACCAACACAAAGAGGAGCAACAGACAGUAGACCAGAAUGUAGAGGAGCAACAUUUAGUUGACCAACAAAAAGAGGAACAACAGACUGUUGACCAAUGCGAAGAGGAGCAACAGUCAGUUGACCAACACAAAGAGGAGCAACAGGCAGUUGAACCACUAGUAGAGGUGCAACAGUCAGUUUAUCAUCAAGUGCAGUAUCUACAAUUGGUUGACAAACACAAAGAAGAGCAACAGGCAGAUGAGAAACACGAAAUGGAGCAACAGUCAGAAGACCAACAAGGAGAGGAACAAUAUUCAGUUAACCAACAGGAGGAACAAGAAGAGCAACAAACAGUUGACCAUCAAGAAGAGGAGCAGCAGUCAUUUCACCAACCAGCAGUGGAGCAACAUUCAGUUGACCAAUCACAAGAGGAGCAACAGUCAGUAUGUCAACAAGAAGAGAAGCAACUGUCAGUUGACCAACCGGUUGAGGAGCAACUCUCAGUUGACCAACCAGUAGAAGAGCAAGAGCCAGGUGUCCAACAAGACAAGGACCAUCAGUCAGCUGACAAACACAAAGCGCAAAAGUCAGUUGACCAACAAGAAGUUGAGCAACAGUCGGUUAACAAACAAGAUGCGCAUCAGCCAGCUGACCGACCAGUAUAUGAGCAACAGUCAGUUGACCAACAAGAAGAGCAACAGUCAGAUGUCCAACAAGAGGAGUAUCAGUUAGUUGACCAACAAGAGCAACAGUUAGUUGACCAACAAGAAGAGGUGCACCAGUCUGUUCAAAAAGAACAAGCACAACAAUCAGUUGACCAUCAAGAAGAUGUGCAACAGUCAGUUGACCAACAAGAAGAGCAACAGUCAGAUGUCCAACAAGAGGAGUAUCAGUUAGUUGACCAACAAGAGCAACAGUUAGUUGACCAACAAGAAGAGGUGCACCAGUCUGUUCAAAAAGAACAAGCACAACAAUCAGUUGACCAUCAAGAAGAUGUGCAACAGUCAGUUGACCAACAAGAAGAGCAACAGUCAGAUGUCCAACAAGAGGAGUAUCAGUUAGUUGACCAACAAGAGCAACAGUUAGUUGACCAACAAGAAGAGGUGCACCAGUCUGUUCAAAAAGAACAAGCACAACAAUCAGUUGACCAUCAAGAUGUGCAACAGUCAGUUGACCAACAAGAAGAGCAACAGUCAGAUGUCCAACAAGAGGAGUAUCAGUUAGUUGACCAACAAGAGCAACAGUUAGUUGACCAACAAGAAGAGGUGCACCAGUCUGUUCAAAAAGAACAAGCACAACAAUCAGUUGACCAUCAAGAUGUGCAACAGUCAGUUGACCAACAAGACGAGGGGCGACAGUUUGUUGACCAAGAAGUAGUGGAGGAACAGUCAGUUGGCCAACAAGACGUGGAGCAACAAUUAGUAGACCUACAAGAAGUGAUGCAACAGUCAGUUGACCAACAAAAGGAGCAUCAUUUUCUUGACCAAGAAGAGGAGCAUCAGUUUGUUGACCAAGAAGAGGAGCAUCAGUUUGUUGAUCAACAACAAGAGCAACAGUCAGUUGACCCACAAGAAGAGGAGCAACAGUCAGUUGACCGAGAAGAGGAGCAUCAGUUUGUUGAUCAACAACAAGAGCAACAGUCAGUUGACCAACAAGAAGACGAGCAACAGCCAAUUGACCAACACCAAGAGGAGCAACUGUCAGCUGACCAACAAGAAGAAGAGUUACAGUCAGUUGACCAACAAGAGAUGGAGCAACAUUCAGUUGACCAAAAAGAAGAGGAGCAACAGUCAGAUGAGCAACACAAAGUGCAACAGUCAAUUGACAAACACCAAGAGCAACAGUCAGACGAGGAGCAACGGUCAGAUGACCAACUAAAAGAGGAGUUAGUUGACCAGCAAGAAGAAAGGGAUCAGGAAACAGAAAAUACAAUGUGCUACAAGAGCUCCAAAGGUCAACAGCCUGAGAGAGGACAGAAGGGGGCGCUCACCGAGGAAGAUUUUAAACCAGUCAUGCGAACACCUGAGAGAGGUGACCAUCACUUACAGGGCCCGGUUGACCAGCAAGAACCACAGCUCUCAGCCUGGCAACAUCCAGAGCAGCGCCUUGAAAGUGAACGCCAAAUGCGCUACAGGUCUUCGCACACUCCCUCUCCGGCUCAGAUCUUAGAGACGCCCCAAGUGGAGAAGAGCGAGGGGGAGGCGCCUCUCCAGGCUGAGGUGAAGUCAGAGCCGCCGGUGCAGCUGUGCAUGCUGCUGGCGGCCACCGUCUCUCUCGCCUGUUCUUUCUUUGUUUCCAUGAUGUAUUUCUUCUACCAAGACGACUGAGCCCUGAACCCAUGAGCUCCUUAUUAAAUGAAUGCAGAGGCACAGGCUGUUGAAAGACUGUGUGG